GCGAACACGCCGCUGCGCGUUCACGAGUCCCUGUCCCGACUCAACUUGUGGAGCAGUGGAGAAGUUUGCAGAGCCAGAUUCAGACUUCGUAAACCGUCGACAAGGUCGCAAGGAAGGAAACUCAGGCCGGACACAACCAGGCAGUCGCCAUGGACGAUCUGGAUGCGCUGCUUGCAGACCUAGAAUCUACUACAUCCCACAUCUCGAAGCGGCCGGUCUUUCUGCCCGAUGAGACCCCCUACUCCAUCCCGACGGGCGGUCUCCCCUACCAAGACGCGUCCGUACCGCCUCCGGUUCCACCUCCGCCUUCAGCUGACGCUCUCAACGGCUCCCUGACAGAUCAACCAGACUCUCACCACUCCUCCCAACAGUCUUUAGGUUCGGCCCAUAAGAGCUCGUGGUCCAGAGACAGCAGCAGUUCUCCGCUGUCACACAUCGAAGAGGACCAUGUUUACAGUUUUCCUAACAAACACAAGAUGUCAGACUCAUCUCCAGCAGCCAUCACCUCUGCCCUGGGCAGUAACCUCUCAGAGCUGGACCGGCUUCUGUUGGAGCUUAACGCCGUGCAGCAGAGCUCCCCCUCCUUCCCCACUACAGAGGAGGCAGCUCCACCCUUACCGUCUUGCAGUAUCACCCACUAUGAGAACGGAGGCACUCCUGACAUCCUCGUAAGCCCCCCACCUCAGGAAAAACCAAAACGAAAUGGGAUGAGGCCGGAGGAAGCUCGACCCCCAGUGGAGGGUCUGCUGGAGGGUUCAGGUCCUUCACCCAGCUCUUCCACACGUCAUAGUGAUUUGGAUGCAUCUCAACAGCAAACAAGAAUGUCGGCUUCCUGUGCCACCAGGGAGUUGGAUGAACUGAUGGCCUCUUUAUCUGACUUCAAGCCCAGCUCUUUGGGCUCUCUGCCAGACCAAGCAGGGACACCAACUACCUCUCACCGUUCUCCAGCGUCUUCCUCCUUCACCCCAGUGGCUCCUUCUUCUUCUUCUCUUAGUCUUCCCCACCCAUCUGCCUCUUCUUUCCUCCCUUUAUCUGCUGCCCUAGAGUUGCACAUAGAUGAGGAAGGAAAGGAUAGUGGCUCUGCGAUGCCUCAUCCGAACCUUCUCGUACCACACAGUCCUACUUCGUCUCUUUCUGCUGCCAGUGACAUCGACUUGGACUCUGUCAUAGAUGUCUCUGCCACCUUGCUGUCCUCCCAAACAAAGUCCCUGCUCGUCCUCUGUCAGUCUGUUCCGUCUAGUUCCAGCUUGUUAGGAAAUAGCCCGAGCCUUUCCAAUGCCACUACCCCCUCUCUUACCUCUGUUAACACCGUCCUGGAGCGCAAGACCUCCAAAACCCCCAGUCCGUCUGCAGAGCGGCUUUCACCAUCAGUUAGUAAAAUGUUCUGUGCUCCUGAAUCUAUCAGCCCGCGGCCUGCUUGUUUUCUUGACCAGGACUUAGAUUUCACCUCCCCGCCUCUUUCAAAAAGCCGCACUCCCCCUCUGUCGACUCCUUCGCCUCUGCCUGCUGCUGCGUCUCAAUCUCUUCCGCACCUCCUAUCAGCACCGUAUUCGCCGCCGUCUGCAGUCUCUCCGCUGAUGAUCCCCUCUCCUCUGAUCUUCACCAGUACCAACAGACAGCUGUCAGAGGUGUCUCCUGUAGCCCAGAGAGACACUUCCCUCGCUUUACAGCAACCGUCUGCAGAGGAGCCCUCUCUUGACGAGGCCCUAGAUAAGCUUCUAGCGAUGAGUUUUGCUCAAAGUCAUACAUCACACACAGAGGAACCACUAGAGACGGUGGAGGCUCACUCUCUCGGGAACGGACUGCAGGAGGUGCAAGAGGACCUGAUCCUGCCCAUGGACAGAAGCUGUGUGCAACCCGACACGUUCGCCAGCACCACCAACACCAUCACAGACGACUCCAUAGACAUGGGAACCGACGGAAACGGAGACCUGGACUGGGCUGACGAGGAGCUGUCAAUGUCCCUACAUGAUGGACUAGAUGGCACCAUGACACCGUUCACUGAGAGGCUGUACACAGAUGGCAGCAUGACUCCAUUGACUGAAGCCAGCUGGAUGGAUGAGUCCAUGACCCCCUCCUCGUGCCCUGGGACCCCUGAGGUUGCCUUGGACAUGCCCCUGCUCCAAGCUCCCAGUAUAGACAGAGUCUCUGCGACGGGACAUAUAAAAUCGGUGAUUAGGCGCACUAAAGAGACUCCCAACGUGCAUCCUAUGUAUCGCGACGGUCACCUGCGCAGGAAGAUGGGCCCCGUCAUUGUAAACAAGAACUCGUCUCAGGACCGCCUCAUAGAGGAGCUUCAGGGUAAGCUCGGGAUCUGCCGCUCAGAGCGGCGCCGCAAACAGUCGGAUGAGUGGCUGACCGAGGGGGUCGUCGUCACGUCCAAACCCCAGCGUUUCCGUCCCGACGGAUGGGGCGGUGAGGUCGACAAGAUCAUAAUUCCUCCCGAGUCACCAGUCCCUGUCAGGAAGGUCCUCCCACCCCUUUCUCCCCCUAACCCUCUUCGCCCCGCUGUUAUAGAAGAACCUAAGAGACCACUCCCAGUACAGCAGCCCCCCGUCCCAACACCACCACGUCUUCCUCCACCUACCUCCUUUAAUUCACAAGCCAUCCGUGCUCAGGAGCCACCUCCUCCUUCUCGGCAAAUUACAAAAGCCAUACCCCCACCGGCGCCCGUUCAGGACCUUCCCAUCCCUAAGCCAGAACCCCCUCCUCCUGUUGUCCAUAUCCCAAACCAUCCACCACCGGUGGAGCCAGUACAACCAGCAGCACCAAAACUCCUGGUGUCUGUAGGCUGCCAAACAGAGUAUGACCCAUUCUUCCCUCCAAUGCAGAUCAUGGCCCAGGGGAAGGCCGGAAUUCCAGGUGGGCCACCCACACAGGUCAACAAGCUGGACAACAUGCUUGGUAGCCUGCAGUCUGACCUCAACAAACUGGGGGUGCAGACAGUUGCUAAAGGAGUCUGUGGUGCCUGCUGUAAGCCCAUUGUGGGACAGGUGGUGACUGCCAUGGGCCGUACCUGGCACCCUGAGCACUUUGUGUGUACACACUGUCAGGAGGAGAUCGGCUCCAGGAACUUCUUCGAGCGGGAAGGACAGCCGUACUGCGAGAAAGAUUACCACAAUCUGUUCUCUCCGCGAUGCUACUACUGCAACGGGCCCAUACUGGAUAAAGUCGUGACGGCGUUAGACCGGACAUGGCAUCCUGAACACUUCUUCUGUGCUCAGUGUGGAUCCUUCUUCGGCCCAGAGGGGUUCCACGAAAAGGACGGAAAGGCGUACUGCAGGAAGGAUUACUUCGACAUGUUUGCGCCGAAAUGUGGUGGCUGCGCCAGAGCCAUCCUGGAGAACUACAUCUCCGCUCUCAACUGCCUUUGGCAUCCCGAGUGUUUCGUUUGCAGGGUGUGCUUCACCCCCUUUGUGAACGGAAGCUUCUUCGAGCAUGACGGCCGGCCGUACUGCGAGGUGCACUACCACGAGUGCCGCGGCUCUCUCUGCUCCGGCUGUCAGAAGCCCAUCACGGGCCGCUGCAUCACGGCCAUGUCCAAAAAGUUCCACCCGGAGCACUUCGUCUGCGCCUUCUGCUUGAAACAGCUCAACAAAGGCACGUUCAAAGAGCAGAACGACAAACCCUACUGCCAGGGCUGCUUCAUCAAACUGUUCAACUAGAGAACCACAUUUAGAGCAGGCUAGAACUGUGAGCAGGGUCCGAUUAUAAUGCAGCGCGAUGCAAAAACAUUUAUUACCCUCUGGACUUUUUCCCACCUUUGACAGCCUUUAUGGAUUUUAUGCAAGAUGUCAACACAAACUACAGUAGUUUAAAAUUGUAAAGUUUAAGGAAAAUGGCACAUGCUUUUCAAAGUGAACCAUGUUCUUCCGUCUUCUUAUUAACAUUGAUUAACUUUCCUGUACCAGAGUAUGAUGCUGCCGCCGCCAAUUAGUAUUGUCCCAUGAAUGGCUUUUUAGCAAACAGCUAAAAAGUCCAAAACUUCAAAUUUGAUCUUUCACAUAGAAUUUGAGCAUAUGCAUUGCAGGUUGCGGUUGUGACAAAACUGAAAAAGUUCAAGAGGUGUAAAUGUUUUUGGGAAUGUUUCUGUCUGCGCUCUGCCAGUGAAAAGAAGAGUUUUCCUCUGGUGAUGAUGGAAGUAUGUUUUAGACUGAUUGUGUGCAUGUUGUUGAAGCAGGAUACUGUUUUCAUGCCAAGUUUGGAAAAAACAACAUUUCUGCUGACUAACAUUUUUGAAGUGGCUUUUAUUUGGUAAGCAAAUCUAAUGAAGACAUGUUCGGCAUGUAAAUGGUGUCAUAACCCUUUACAAAUACCAGAAGUGUGCCAUUUUUUCCCACAAAUCAUGGAGGCAGCAAACUUUACUUUUUUUCCCCGUUUCUAUAUGUUUGUAAGAUGUCAGCCGUUCCUUUAGGUUAGCCUAAAAUCGGUGUUAUUCUGCUUUUACAGUUUCUAUCAUUUUACAGUGUAGUGAAUUCAGACUGGAUGAGAUACAGAAAUCAUUAAUGUGUGUGUGUGUGUGUGACAAUUUUGCUCACUGGCUGAGUGUGUCAUUUUAGCAGGGAACAGAUUACCUAUUGUUUUUUUUUGUUUGUUUUUUGUUAGCUUUGGAAAUGGGCGGUCAGCUUUUUAUUUUUUACCACAUAUGAUGUCAGAAAGACUUUUAAACACUUGUUAUGUAGAAGAAAAUGGGGUAUGGAUAAAUCCACAUUGCUAUGAAACAUCAUGACUUUGGAAAUGUAACUCAGCUUGUGGUUAUUUAGAGAAUGGGAAAUGUGAAGUCACUCUAGAGUCGCGUUUAGAGUCAUUGAUCAAAAUCACUUGCGUAUGAAGAUUUAAGAAGUGUGGAGAUUAUGUUACACAGCUACUUUUUCUUUGAAGGAGAAGCCAAUCUUUAAUCACUUUCAGUGUCCACAGUUAUCUUUACACCGUCUGUAUCCUCGUCUGUAAAACCAAACGUGUAUCAAAUCCUAAUUUGUCACUUAGAAUGUCCACAAAUGGCUGUUCCGACAUUCUGCGCUGUCCGAUCAUUCCUCGUCUUUUCACUGGGCAAAAAUUAAGCUCGUCUCGCACAGGUGGAGCCACAUUGUUUGUAUCUCUUUCACUAUCGUUACUGUUUCGGACUAACUCCUGGGAGGGUUUCUGUAAAUAUUCAAUGCAGCUUACAUUGUCUGGAAUGUGCUUGGCGUAUGCGUUUCCUAACCACUUGUCCGGGGAUGAAGAGGCGAAGGUGUGGCGCAGAUACCCGGAUAUAUUUGCUGUGAUUACUGUAUUGGGAAACAGAUGAAUGUUGAGCAGUACACAAGCCGGCGGACAGCACGCCGUUUGCUUGUGACGUUCCUGCAACUAUGCAACUGUGGAUUGCCAGCGUGCGUUAACAGACUCUCUUUGCUUUUGUGCCUGUGGUUUGACACGCAGGCCAAUCACAGUAGGAAUCCAGUCUGUCUGUCAUGUUGUCUGUGAGUCCACUAAAAUGUGUUGGCUGUUACACGAGAACGCGGUGGUCUGCCAGAGCGAUUGGCAGGACUAAUUCAAAUCAUUUCCCACAGCAUGAGUGGCAUCUACUGUGUGACCACUAGGUUGGGUCUGUUCAUUACAAUUUGCCCUUUUGUCUUGUUCAGGGAAUUCUAGAGCCUUAUUUCUUUUCUUUAUUUAAGAUAUCAUGUUACAGGAGCCUUUCAAAUCAGUGUAGUGGCAUGUUAUUUAACCAAAGCCAUACCUUCUAUAAAUUCUUUUGUCUUUCUUUCCUUUUCACUCAGAAUGUCAGUCUAUAUGAAUAGUGAGAUUAAGCAUUGUUAGUCUGAUUAUGCAAAUAAAUUCUGUUUUGCUAUCAA